AUGUGUACAUCUAAAAUCAUAGUUCUUGGUCUCUUCGUUGCAACAUUCAUAGCAUCUUGCAACGCGGCCGCAAACGUCACACCGCAACCGCUUUUCCCAGCGAUUCUAAUCUUCGGUGACUCAACCGCAGACACAGGCAACAACAACUACCAUUCACAAGCCGUAUUCAAGGCUAAGCAUCUCCCUUACGGAGUUGAUCUUCCCGGGCACGAAGCUAACGGAAGAUUUUCUAACGGAAGCUAA